AUGGCAGUACAAAACGGGAUCUCUCCUGAACAAAGGGCCCGAAUCGAAGCAAAUCGACAGAAGGCAUUGGAGAGACUCCAGCAAAGAAGAGGUGGCGACGCUGGUGCAUCGCAGCCAUCUAACUCAUCGGCAGCCGCCCAGGCCAGUUUUCAGAACAGACACAAAGAUGCUCCUGGAUCGGCGGCUCCUUCACGAGUGAUCCUUCCACUUCCGAGAACAGAGCUCACGCCUGAGCAAAAAAAGCGUAUUCAACAAAACAGAGAACGUGCGGUAGCUUUACAGAAGGAGCGGCAAAGACAGUAUAGAGACGCCACCGCAGAAAGUGACAUUGGGCUGUUCAAGACAGAGAGAGAACGAAAAAAGGUGAAGCUAGAGCAACAGUAUCAGCCGCCGUCGAUUCGAAAACAGGAUUAUAUCGAGUAUGACUUCUCCACCAUGAAAGAUAGCAAGGGAGGGUUUCUUGAAGAUUCGGAAAAAAACGGUCUUAAGGGCGUAGAAGAGGAACCGGAGUCGCUUCAGCAGUGGAAAGAAAGACAAAAAAAGGAGCACUUGGUGAAGGAUCUAGCGCCGCCUCUUGAUUUGGCGAACGCACCCAAGUGCUUUGAGUGUGGUUCCUUGGAAAUCGAUCCAAAUUUGUAUUCGAAUUUCCGUGAGGUGAGAGUGUGUCGGCGGUGCCAAAAGGAAAAGCAAGACAAAUACUCUUUAUUGACGAAGACGGAGUGUAAAGAGGACUAUCUCUUGACGGAUCCCGAGCUUCAAGAUACGGGGCUCCUUCCGAGAAUUGAAAAGCCCAACCCGCAUGGGUUUCUGCGUAUGCAGCUAUUUCUUCGUUUUCAAGUCGAGGAAUUUGCCUGGAAGAAAUGGGGGUCGCCAGAGGGGCUAGAUAAGGAGUGGGAGAGGAGAGAGACGAUGCGUCUUGAAAGACGAGAGAAGCGGUAUCAAGACAAGCUCAAGGAGAUGAGAAAGAAAACAAGAGCAGAAGAAUAUACGAGGAAGCUCCGAAAUGGAAUGUCGCUUGGAGAAAGACAUGUUCACAGUUGGUCAGAGCCGAUUUCUGCUGGAGGAAACAUCGUGAGGCGACGGUGCAUCGAUUGCGGCAUCGAGACCGAGGAGGUGAUGAUAUAG